AGGUUCUCGCCUUCAGGCCUGUGUUUGCGUUAAUUACAGAGUUAAAGGUGGAAUGUUCCCUGAAGAAGCUGGGCUGGGAGAACCACCUUCUGGAUGAAGAGACUGACAGUCGCUUCAUGUCAGCUGUUUGAGUUUGUGAAGCACAAAGCUCCAGUGGGACGUGUCCUCCAGCUCACAGCCUGCUACUCUCAAUCAUUCUUCUGCAGAGCAAGAGCUCAGAAAGCCGUUUGGGUCAUCACUUUUACUUUGUUUUUAUUCCUUAGUAUUGUCUUUAGGAGCCGAUUUCCUGCAGAAAGUCAUAGAUUUGUGCGUUUUAGCAAAUCUUUCAUAGACACUAAGAUGCUGUUCUUUGUGAGGUCAGGACAGUAAGGAGACUGAACAUGAGAAAAUGUAUUAUUUCCAGCUGACACAAGGACAAUUUGAAUUCAUAAAAACUCAUUUGUGUUUUUCUUCACAGAAAUCCUAAGGCAGACAUGAAGCUCUUCAGGGUGAUUCUGACCGUGUGCAGCUUUCUGUCAGGUUCAGCGUCAACCAGUCAAACGUUCAGAAGUUCUGGCGAGAUUAACUUCAGUUCUUGCCCCAUUCACUUCUACGGACAGAGAUACGAGAAAGCUUAUGUGGACUUCAGCGCAGACAGAUUUGCUCUCUGCUUCAAAGCCUCGUACGGCCGUGGAGCCGACAACGACUGCAUCCUGAUGUCAGGUGGGACGGCUGACAGAGGGGACCUGUCAGUGCUCACGAAGGAAAUCCCAACCGGAUCAGGAGUCCACAAACUUCUGCCCACCCUCAAGUCUGCUGGGAAAUGCGUAAACGUCAUUCCGCUAAAGGACAGCAACAUGUCCCAGAUUCAGCAAGUUGAACUCGGAAAUUUUGGGGCUCAAUCAAUCCUGGGAAUCAGGACUUACUCUGGAUACAACGACAGCAGCGUGGAAGCAGAUGCUCUUGUCAACGGUCUCACGGUUUCCAGACAGACGUUUCAGGCGUCUGAAACAAACAGAGGCAUCAUCACGGACGUGAGCGGAUGCAGACUCUCGGGUUCGGUUUAUGUGACCAACACCACUAUUCAAGACCUGAGCACCUGCUCCACCAUUACCUGUGAUGUCAACGGGGUUGCAAAAGCCGUCUCUAAGUGUGGACCUAAUGAGCGUUGCCGGGGCGAUGGGAGCUGUGCCUGGAACUCUGUGUGCUCUGUGACCGGCUCCACCAUCAUUGACUUCAGUGGAAAAAUGAGCUCCCUUCCCGACCGGUGUGGGUACUCUCUGCUGAGGUCCCCCUCCCUGCCCGGCCUGCAUGUGACGGGGGUCUUCAAGGAGAGACGACGCAGAGACAUGAGUUUUCUGGAUAAAGUGAUCCUGAAUCUGGACGGGAACGAGAUUUCUCUGGAACAAGGUGGCAGAGUUAAGCUUGGUGGCAGAGAGCUGCCCCUCGGCUCGAGUCAUCUGCUCUUCCACGGUGUGGAGCUCUCCAAAGACCAGGCGGAUGUGACUGCCAAGAUCGCAGCCUCCAACUUCACAGUCACGGUCCUCUUUGAUGGGUCCUCUGCAACAAUCCACCUUACAGGACCAAAUGGAGCAACUUUCCAGGGUUUAUGUGAGAAUUCAACAACUUUGACACAAGUCAGAGUCUCUCAGUACAGCACAGCAGACUGUAACACUGAGUAUCAAGAUGCAGCUGACAGCUCCAUAAACUGCAACAACACGGUCAAAUGGUGUGAUGUCCUGCAGAAGGCGCCCUUUGACAUAUGUAGCUCCAACAUCAACCCUCAGCCCUUCAUGAGUGCCUGCUCAGAAACUUUGUGCAAAUACCCGGCAAAGGACGGGCUGGAGUGCCAGUUCCUGGAGGCCUAUGCCAAGGCCUGCCAACUCCACAGCGGUGUGAGGGUGGAGGGUUGGCGGACACAGACCAGCUACUGUGGAGUUGAGCGGACUGCCUGUCAGAAGAUCUGCAGCUCCCAUGAGUUCUGUGGUCUGGACAGCCACAGUCAGAAGCCUCGCUGCCUUUGCCGUGCCAUUUUUGCCUCUAAAUACAAACCAAUUGGCCGCUUUGGUGAGCCGAUAGUUUGUGAGAAGAAAUCUGCUUCAGUGGUUCUGGCCAACUGUCUCCUGGAGGACGAACGCAUCGACUAUACCACUUUACACCUCAAUGACCAGACCUGCAGAGGGGAAAUGGACAACGUGACCCACAUGGUGACCUUUGGCUUUGACACUGAGAAGUCAUGUGGAACCCUGAUCAUGGCAAACGACACUCAAAUCAUCUACAAGAACGCCAUCAUGACAAAGACAGCCGCGACUGGGGAGAUCGUCCGUCACGAAAAGCUGCGUGUGGACUUCUCCUGUUACCUCAGCCAACCAGAGGUGAAGAGCUUGGCCAUGCGGUUCAAGCAUAGCUCAAUGAUCCAGCAUGUUUCUUCUGGGGAGUGGAGCUACAAUCUGACCAUGAAGGCAUACACCAGCUCAGACCUCACAACACAGUUAGAUGAAAAACAAGAACUCGAUCUGAACCAACAAAUCUGCGUGGAGCUGAAGACAGAGGGACUUGAUGGCAAUGCGGUUUCUGUGGUUACGGACUCCUGUUGGGCGACUGAUCAGCCGUCACCAACCGGAAACCUGAGAUACGACCUCAUUAAAAACAGCUGUCCCAACCCUGACGACGAAACCAUCAGGGUGAUAGGCAACGGACAGGGAACCUCCAACUACUUCUGCUUCAACACCUUCCAGUUUUCUGGCAGGAACAGUGAAGUCUUCCUGCACUGCAAAGUAGAGCUGUGCAUCAAACAGGGAGAUAACUGUGUCCAGAGGUGCAGCCAGGGCCAGAGGAGGCGCCGGUCUGCUCUGCCUGGAUAUGAGGACAGAAACCCCGCCCUCAUCUCUGUGGCCUGGAUGUACUAGGUUUCUGUGGAAAGUCAAGCUGUCCUAAAAUAAUAAAAAUAUUCCUGAAUUUUUAAAUCUAUCAAUACAUUAAAAUAUAAUCCCUAUGGAUUAAAGUCUCUGCUCUUAAAUACAAUAAACUGAACAAGAUGUUCUUUUUGCAUUCUGACGUUUCUGCUGUAACUUCUUAUUCAGGAAAUGUUCUUUAAAUGGUUGCAGCGUGGCCUUGCUCUGUGUUAAACUGCUAAAGCUAACUUUACCUUUGACAUUUUAUUGAAUAAAUGAUUUAAAUUCA